UAAUAGUAGAUGUCAAAUAGAUUUAAUAGAUAUGCAGUCGCAACCCGAUGCACAGUUUAGGUUUAUACUUAACUAUCAGGAUCAUCUGACAAAAUUCGUUCUGCUCCGCCCCUUGCAAACCAAGCGUGCAGAAGAAGUUGCAAGCCAUGUAUUAGAUAUUUUUUUAACCUUUGGUGCUCCGGUUCUUCUGCAUUCAGAUAAUGGAAAAGAAUUUGUUAACAAUGUGAUUUUAGAGCUGACAGCGCUAUGGCCAGAGUUAAAAAUUGUGCACGGAAAGCCUAGGCAUUCACAAAGCCAAGGCUCCAUAGAGCGUGCUAACCAAGACGUAGAGCGAAUGCUCGCUUUCUGGAUGACAGACAAUAAAUCAACUAAUUGGUCUAUCGGAUUAAAGUUUGUCCAAUUUAUGAAAAAUAGAGCACACCACGCCGGGAUAAAUAUGACGCCUUAUAAAGCAAUGUUUGGGGUUGAUCCAAGAGUGGGACUUGUAACCUCUAACCUGCCCAAUGAAUUGAUUGCUACAAUAAACGUCGAGGAUGAACUUGAAAGUAUCAUAAGUACUGAAACUACAAGUGAAAAUAUGAUUAGACAAAAAGCUGCAGUUUCAGAUACCAUAAAUGCAAUUAGAAAAAAAGCUCAUGCAAAUUUGGAAAAACAGGCAACUCGAAUGAUGACUCGAACCGAAAACAAAUUUCCUGCGGUUGAAGUUGGUGUCAACGUAGUAAUCCGCAUUCCAGAUGUUGACAAAGGCAAAACCGAUCAUCCAAAUCUCAUCGGAAUAGUGUUGGAAAAAACAGAGUACGAUCUAUAUAGAAUCGGAUGUAAGGAUGGAAUUCUAGAAAAACUUUAUUGUAGGUCUGAAUUUAUAACAUGUAAAGAAAAAUUCAUCACAUAUAAUCAAGUUCCAAAAAAUCAUAUUUCCCUCCGUGCAGCUGCAACAAAAGCAUCAACGGGGUCAGGGCAAGGAUUUGUAAAAUGCACAUGUAAAACAUCCUGCAGAACAAAUCGUUGUUUAUGUAAAAAAAAUAAAAUUCUAUGUAACUCUAAAUGCCACGAUAGUUUGUCAUGUCAAAAUAAAUAA